AUGGCUAAAUUAUCAGCACCGAUCACUCCACCAAUGGAAUCUACAGGGGACCGUGUCAUGGUUCUUGAGACACACGAUGGUAUCUCCUUGGAAGGAUAUUCAUUUGGUGCUCCUGUCACAGCAGCUGGUGAAGUAGUCUUUCAAACUGGUAUGGUUGGAUAUCCAGAAUCGAUUACAGAUCCAUCUUAUGAGGGUCAGAUCUUGGUCAUAACUUAUCCAUUAGUAGGAAACUAUGGUGUACCAGAUCGCUCAGUGAUGGAUGAAGAUGUUCCUGAAAUCCCAAAGUAUUUUGAAUCUAAUAAAAUACAUAUUGCUGGUUUAGUGGUUGCUCAUUACACCGAAGAGUAUUCCCACUAUCUUGCUAAGUCAUCAUUAGGACAAUGGUUACGGGAGCAAGGUAUUCCAGCUAUUUAUGGUGUUGAUACUAGGGAAUUGACUAAGAGACUCAGAGAAGAAGGUUCAACUUUAGGUAGGUUAGCUUUACAGAAAUCUUCUGUCAAAGCUGAAGAUCUCUUGUCUGCUCAUCUUAAUUGGCCAUUAUACGCUGAUGUACCUGAAUGGGACGAUCCGAAUGUCAAAAAUUUGGUGGCCAAAGUAUCUACUAAGAGCCCCGUUUUAUAUUCACCAAAAGGAGAUAUCAAGGUUAAGAAGAAUGGAAAGACUCUUAGAAUUUUGGCUCUCGAUGUUGGUAUGAAGUACAAUCAAAUCCGUUGUUUUGUCAGGCGUGGUGUUGAAUUAUUGGUUGUUCCCUGGGACUACGACUUUACUAAAGAAGAAUACGAUGGAUUGUUUAUCUCUAAUGGACCAGGUGAUCCUUCGGUCAUGACUGAAACUGUGUCUAAGUUAAGAACUGCUCUUAAAGAGGCCAAAACCCCGAUAUUUGGUAUCUGUUUGGGACAUCAAUUGAUGGCUAGGGCUUCUGGUGCCGCAACUUUAAAAUUGAAAUUUGGUAAUCGUGGUCAUAAUAUUCCAUGCACCUCAACCAUUUCUGGUCGCUGCUAUAUUACCUCUCAGAAUCAUGGUUAUGCUGUUGACUCAAAUACUUUGACUGAUGGCUGGAAGGAAUUAUUCGUUAAUGCUAAUGAUGGCUCAAAUGAAGGUAUUUAUCACGAUUCCAAGCCAUUUUUUUCCGUUCAAUUUCAUCCAGAGUCUACACCAGGUCCAAGGGAUACAGAAUUUUUAUUCGAUGUCUUUAUAAACUCGGUUCUUGAACAUAGCAUCCUCAAAACACUCAAGGCUAUUGAAUUUCCUGGUGGAAAGUUGGAGGAAAACCUUGCCAAGCAUCCAAGGGCUGAGGUAAAGAAAGUAUUGGUUUUGGGAUCAGGUGGUCUUUCGAUUGGUCAAGCUGGAGAGUUUGAUUACUCAGGAUCUCAAGCCAUAAAAGCAUUGAAAGAGGAAGGAAUUUACACGAUCUUGAUAAAUCCAAACAUUGCCACUAUUCAAACUUCUAAAGGUCUUGCAGACAAAGUUUACUUUUUACCUGUUACUCCAGAUUUUGUCAGAAAGGUCAUUCAAUACGAGCGUCCUGACGGUAUUUACUGUACCUUUGGUGGUCAAACUGCUUUGAACGUUGGUAUCAAAUUGAAGGAUGAAUUUGAAGGAUUGGGUGUUCAGGUAUUAGGAACUCCUAUUGACACUGUCAUCACAACAGAGGAUAGAGAACUCUUUGCUAAUGCAAUGGAAGAAAUUGGAGAAAAAUGUGCUAAGUCUGAAGCGGUCAACAAUGUUCAAGAAGCUAUUCAAGCAGCAAAUAAUAUAGGAUAUCCAUUAAUCGUUCGUGCAGCUUUUGCAUUGGGAGGUUUGGGAUCUGGUUUCGCUGACAAUGAAAAGGAAUUGGUUACAUUAUGUAACAAAGCUUUCGCUACUUCACCUCAAGUAUUGGUUGAAAAGUCAAUGAAGGGAUGGAAGGAAGUUGAAUAUGAAGUUGUAAGAGAUGCUUUCGACAACUGUAUUACGGUCUGUAAUAUGGAAAACUUUGAUCCUUUAGGUAUCCAUACGGGUGAUUCUAUCGUCGUUGCACCUUCUCAGACUUUGUCAGACGAAGAUUAUAAUAUGUUACGUACUACUGCGGUCAAUGUUAUUAGACAUUUGGGUGUUGUUGGUGAGUGUAACAUUCAAUAUGCAUUGAAUCCAUUCUCGAAAGAAUACUGUAUUAUCGAAGUUAAUGCCAGAUUAUCACGCUCCUCUGCUUUAGCUUCAAAGGCAACUGGUUAUCCAUUAGCCUAUACUGCUGCCAAGUUAGGUUUAAAUAUUCCUUUGAACCAAAUCAAGAAUUCUGUUACUAAAUCGACUUGUUCGUGUUUCGAACCAUCUUUGGAUUAUGUUGUUGUUAAGAUUCCUAGAUGGGAUUUGAAAAAAUUUACUAGAGUUUCUGCUUUAUUGUCAUCAUCUAUGAAAUCCGUCGGUGAGGUUAUGGCCAUUGGAAGAACAUUUGAAGAAGCAAUCCAAAAGGCAAUAAGGUCUACAGACUAUCAAAACCUCGGUUUCAACAAGACUUCUGCACUUAUGUCCAUUGAUAUUGACAGCGAGUUGCAGACUCCAUCCGAUCAACGUCUUUUUGCUAUUGCAAACGCUUUAUCUGAUGGAUAUUCUGUGGAAAGAGUUUGGGAAUUGACAAACAUUGAUAAAUGGUUUUUGAAUAAGUUGGAUGGUUUAAUCAAGUUCGGUAACAAAAUCUCUUCUUAUGGAAAGAAAGAAAACUUACCAAUUUCAAUUAUGAGACAAGCAAAACAACUUGGUUUCGAAGAUAGACAAAUAGCCAAGUUCUUGAACUCUAAUGAGGUCGCAAUUAGAAGAUUGAGAAAAGAAGCAGGAAUCAUUCCAUUCGUCAAACAGAUUGAUACUGUUGCAGCUGAAUUUCCUGCUUACACUAAUUACUUGUAUAUCACUUAUAAUGCUGAUGCUUCUGAUGUUUCCUUUGAUGAUCACGGAGUCAUUGUUUUGGGUUCAGGUGUUUACCGUAUUGGUUCUUCUGUGGAAUUUGAUUGGUGUGCAGUGAGAGCAAUCAGAACAUUACGUGAAAAUGGAACUAAGACCAUCAUGAUAAACUACAAUCCAGAAACUGUUUCAACAGAUUAUGACGAAGCUGAUAGAUUGUACUUUGAAACUAUUAACCUCGAGAGAGUCUUAGAUAUUUAUGAGUUAGAGCAAUCAUCUGGUGUAAUUAUCUCAAUGGGUGGUCAAACCUCAAAUAAUAUUGCCCUUCCAUUGCAUCGUCAAAACGUCAAGAUUUUAGGUACUUCUCCUGAAAUGAUCGAUUCUGCCGAAAACAGAUAUAAAUUUUCCAGAAUGUUGGAUAAAAUAGGGGUUGAUCAACCAGCAUGGAAAGAAUUGACCUCUAUUGAGGAGGCAGAGGAGUUUGCGGAUAAGGUAACAUACCCUGUUUUAGUCAGACCAUCCUAUGUUUUGUCUGGUGCUGCUAUGAACACAGCUUAUUCAAAAGAUGAUUUAUCAUCAUAUUUAUCCCAAGCUGUUGACGUUUCUCCAGAUUAUCCUGUUGUUAUCACGAAAUAUAUCGAAAAUGCAAAAGAAAUUGAGAUGGACGCGGUAGCAAAGGAUGGUAAGAUGAUAAUGCAUGUGGUAUCUGAACACGUAGAAAACGCUGGAGUUCAUUCUGGUGAUGCUACUUUAAUCGUUCCGCCCCAGGAUUUGGAGGCAGAAACCGUUAGAAGAAUUGUCGAAGCUACUGCUAAGAUUGGAAAAGCUUUAGACAUAACUGGUCCUUAUAACAUCCAGUUUAUUGCCAAAGAUAAUGACAUAAAGGUCAUCGAGUGUAAUGUUCGUGCCUCUCGUUCCUUCCCAUUUGUUUCUAAGGUUGUUGGUACGGAUUUGAUUGAAAUGGCAACCAAGGCAAUUGCUGAUAUACCUAUUGUACCGUAUCCAGGAGAAAAGUUACCUGAAGACUACUGUGCUGUUAAGGUUCCUCAAUUCUCAUUCUCACGUUUGGCUGGAGCUGAUCCAGUUCUAGGAGUUGAAAUGGCUUCUACAGGAGAAGUUGCUACCUUUGGUAAAAACAAGUACGAGGCAUAUUUGAAAUCAUUAAUUUCAACAGGCUUCAAGCUACCAAAGAAAAAUAUUUUGUUUUCAAUUGGAUCUUAUAAGGAGAAGCAAGAGCUAUUACCUUCGAUAAGGAAAUUGCAUGAGCUUGGGUUUAAAAUUUUUGCUACUGCUGGAACGGCUGACUUCAUUAAAGAGCAUAGCAUCCCAGUUCAUUACUUAGAAGUUUUGAGCCAAGAGGAGAACCAAAAAUCUGAGUAUUCUUUAACUCAGCAUUUAGCAAAUAACUUGAUUGAUUUGUAUGUGAAUUUACCAUCUGCUAAUCGAUUCCGUCGUCCAGCAUCUUAUAUGUCAAAAGGGUACGAAUCUCGUCGUAUGGCGGUCGACUUCUCGAUCCCUCUUGUUACUAAUGUGAAGUGUGCUAAGUUGCUUGUUGAAGCUAUCACGAGAGUCACUUCUUUUGAUGUGACUAAAAUAGAUGCUCAAACGUCUCAUAGAACUGCUGUUCUUCCUGGAUUAGUCAAUAUCACCACAUUUGUGCCUUCAUUUGAUGAUAUUGAAGUGGUGACCAAGAGAUCCUUGGCAGCAGGUUUCACAUUUAAUGCAUUUUUACCCCAAACAACUCAAGGUUCCAGCGUAAUUGAUUUUGAUACUUUAGCUGACACUAUCGAUUUAGCUUCUGGUAAUGCUUACACUGACUUCUCCGUAUCGAUUGCGGCUUCGGAAACAAACGCAGAGGAGGUGGCUGAUGCAGCUGAUAACGCUGGUGCAUUAUUUUUACCUUUUAACGUCUUUGCAAACUCUAAGGUCUCAGCAAUAUCGUCUCAUUUUGCCUCAUGGCCAGAAUCCAAGCCGAUUAUCACGGACGCUAGGACAACAGACUUAGCAUCUGUAUUAUUGUUGGCAUCUUUGCAUAAUAGAUCAAUCCAUGUCACUGGAGUUUCUUCAAAAGAAGACUUAGAAUUAAUAAGAAUGGCAAAAGGCAGGAACUUACAGGUAACGUGUGAUAUUUCUGUUUUUGCUAUGUUCUUAACAAGAAAUCAGUUCCCUAACUGUCCACAGUUGCCAUCUGAUGAUGAUCAAGCAUUCUUGUGGAAGAAUUUGGUUGAUGUUGAUUGUUUUUCAAUUGGUGUUUUACCAUACGUAGUAAGCAGAGCCAGUGGGAAAUUCAUUGCCCCAGGAUCCGAAAUAUCUGAAACUUUGCCAUUAUUAUUUACUGCUGUGAAAGCCGGCCAUCUUACUAUUGAUGAUAUAAUUGAAAAGUUUCACGACAAUCCAAUCAAGAUUUUCAACCUUCCAAAGCAAGAUGCAACUGUUGAGGUUGAUUUAGACAGAUUUGUGGCACAAAGCACAUCUUCAAUCUAUCCAUUCCUUGGGCAGAAAGUUAAUCAAGGAUCAGUCGAUAGAGUGUCUUUCCAUAACGAGACUGUUUGUUUGGAUGGUGUGAUGUUAGCUCAAUCAGCCUUGGGUAAGAAUGGUGUCGAAUCAAGGAGUAGAUUCAGUCCUGUUGCAAAUGUUCCUCAGUCACCUACUUUAACUAGGAAAUCAAGAGUAUCCUUUUCUACAGAUAUUCGUCGUCCUUCAUUUUCUAGGGAGUAUCAAACAACAGAAGAGAUUGAGAAACUGGGCUCUGAAUUGGUUUCUCAGCCACCAACGAGCUUGGGUGAAGUAAAUGCAUUGGUGAACUAUAUCAGAAAUCAUAACUCUUUCUUGAGAAACUCUGUAUUGUCUGUCAAAGAUUUUACGAGGUCUGAUUUGCACGCUUUAUUCACCGUUGCUCAAGAAAUGAGGUUGGCAGUGGAAAGACAAGGUGUUUUGGAUGUCUUGAAAGGAAGAGUACUUGCGACAAUGUUUUAUGAGCCCUCAACUAGAACUUCAUCAUCAUUUGAUGCAGCAAUGCAGAGAUUAGGUGGAAGAGUUGUUGCUGUUGCAGCAGGCUCUUCUUCAGUAAAAAAGGGAGAAACCUUGCAGGAUACCAUAAGAACAUUGGCAUGUUAUGCUGAUGCAAUAAUCUUGAGACACCCUUCUGAAGACUCUGCUGAUAUUGCAGCUAAAUAUUCCCCAGUUCCAAUUAUCAAUGGUGGUAAUGGGUCUAAGGAGCACCCAACUCAAGCAUUGUUGGACUUGUUUACAAUCAGAGAAGAAUUGGGAACAGUAAACGGCAUAACUGUUACUUUCAUGGGUGACUUGAAGUAUGGAAGGCCAGUACAUUCUUUGUGUCACUUGCUUCGUCAUUAUCAUGUCAGAGUACAAUUAGUUUCACCAAAAGAAUUAUCUUUACCGGAGAGCAUUAGGGACAUGUUAGAAAGUAAUGGCAUGAUUGUUGCUGAAUCUGAAACUUUAACGGAGGACAUCUUAGCCAGAUCAGAUGUGUUGUACUGCACUAGAGUGCAAGAAGAAAGAUUUUCCGAUAGAAACCAAUACUUAAGAUUAAAAGACACUUACAUUGUGGAUAACAAAAUUUUAUCACGGGCAAAACAACAUAUGUGUGUUAUGCAUCCGUUACCAAGAACCAAUGAGAUUCACGAAGAGGUAGAUUUUGACCAAAGAGCUGCGUACUUCAGACAAAUGAGGUAUGGGUUGUUUGUCAGAAUGGCCUUGUUGGCAAUGGUUAUUGGUGUUGAUUUUUAA